CCGACUAGGCUCUCCCUGGCUAGACGUCGAGAAGACCAUCAAACAGCUCGGUUGCUCAUCCCAGCUACUCCCUAUAUCUGCAAACAUGCCCGGCCCCAUGAAAAUUGCUGCUCUGGGUCAGCCCUUCACCUUGGGGAUGCUGUAUGAUGCCCGCUCAGAUGAACUCAUCCCAGGUUUCUCUCUGUGGGAUCCAUCGGUUCUAGAUAAACACACCAGUGAAACGACUCAAAAAAGCAGUUCCUUUAAGAUUUCAGCCUCGGACACCAUUGAAUCGAGGUCUUCUAUGAUGGAUAUCGAAGCUUCUCUGAAUAUGAGUUUCUUGGGGGGCUUGGUUGAAGUUGGAGGAUCUGCCAAGUACCUGAAUAAUCAGAAGAAAUUUAAGAACCAGAGCAGGGUCACUUUUCAGUACAAAGCGACCACCACCUUUAAGCAGCUGUCUCUUUCUACUCUCGAGCCACUAAACAGCAGCCAAAAACAAGUGAUUGAGAACGGCAAGGCGACGCAUUUGGUCACGGCUAUCCUUUACGGGGCAAAUGCAUUCUUUGUCUUUGACAGUGAGAAGUUAGAGGCCAGCAGCGUUCAAGAUAUCCAGGGUAACAUGCAAGCGGUGAUCAAGAAGAUUCCCACAUUUAAAAUUGAAGGAAGUGCGCAGAUAAAGUUGAGCGAAGAUGAGCAAAACUUGACCAACAAGUUCACCUGCACAUUCUUUGGAGACCUCAUCCUUGAGAAAAACCCCGCCACCUUCGUCCAAGCAGUGGAAACCUACUGCGAGCUUCCGACACUGUUGGGAGAUCCGGAAAAUAACGCUCCGCUGUUCGUCUGGCUGCAUCCUCUGCAGGCGCUGUACAACAAAUCUGCCAUCCUGGUCAAGGAAGUCAGCGUCUCACUGUCGAGGGAAAUUCAACAGGCUAUGGAAGACCAAAACGAAGUGAAAAUGAGAUGUAACGAUAGUCUGUUUAGCGGCGCGGCACAAAAUUUCCCCCUGAUUCGUAAAAACCUGAGCAGUUUCCAAAAACUUUGCUCUUUUUACAAAGCUUCUCUCAAAUUGGCACUAUCCACAAAGCUUCCUUCCAUCCGCGAUGGCAAAGAGGAUGAGAGCGCAUUGGCCAAAGUCUUUCACGAUCGAGAAUACUCUCCGUUCCAGAAAACCCGCCUUAACAACUGGUUGGAGAACAAAGAACGCAUCAUCAAUGUCAUCGACUCCUGCGUUAACAUGAUGCUCAAGGACACAAACGCUCGUGUCGUGCGCACUAAGACAGAAUUGGAUCGAGUGGUUCUCGCUCCGGGUAUCACAAAUGUUCUUUGCUACGUAUUCACCGACUUGGACGCAAACGACUCCUUCAUUGACAGCAUGGCUGAGUACUUGGACACAUCCAAGACCGGAAGAACGGAUGAAGGAUAUCAAACCUUCUCAAAUGAGGUCAUCAUCAAAAUGAGAGAAACCGCCCAAGAGUUCAUUAAAUACGCCAAGCCUCUGAAGCGCAGCAGCAGUGUCAAGUUCCUUAUCACUGCGAUGCCUAAUAACAAAUACAAGGGAGCUUCCAUCUACCAUUACAAAAACGGCCUUCUGUUCAGUGACAAAUUCACCGUGCCAUCGGUCCCACCAGUGAGGGAGAUCACAGACAGAAACGAUUUAAUCUGGCGUGCCGUGGAACUCAAACUGAACCCAAGUACCGUCCACAAAAAUCUCACCCUGUCAGACGAAAACACCAAAGUGACAUACAGCAGUAGCAGGUCGUAUCCGGCUAACACGGAUAGGUUUCUGGAUUUUCAGCAAGUUCUAUGCCAAGAGUCGCUAACGGGUCGUCAUUAUUGGGAGGUGGAGUGGAGGGGCCACAUUUGUGCGGCGGUUGCAUACGAUGAAACUCCGAGGAAAAAUGGCGAAGGCUCGCGCCUACCAUUCACCGAUAUGUUCAGCUCUUGGGGAAUUCAUGCAAACAAUGAUUUUCAAGUCAUCGUUAAAACCAGAGAUAUGAAAAUUUGGUUAUGCUUUGAGCCUACGAAUGGCGUGCAAAGAUUUGGGGUGUAUCUUGACUCUCCCGGGUGCACUUUGUCCUUCUAUCGUGUCUCCGGAAACAAUUUGUCUCACAUCUAUACUUACAACAGGCCUUUUGAGGAGGAGGUCUACCCAGGUUUUGCCGUUUAUUCCAAACAAGGCUAUGCGGCCCUGACGUUUUAGCACGGCUAAGACCCAUAAGCCCACGCCAUAUGAAUCAGCUCUGCAACACUUUUGCACCAUUAUUUUAAACAGCGUUUCAAGGCAGUGGGCACCGCUUCAUAAUUCACAUAAUCACUCUCCUAAUGAUCGAGCUUCGCACAUUAGUACCUCAUUUGCUUAGAGGACACUCUUCACAUGACGAAAUAAUACAACGAUUUGAAUGUUAACUUUGAGGCACUUCGGUAAAACAUCCUUUCUAAUUCAACAAUAGACAAAUGGAGAUAAUGGACAGUUUAUUUGAUUUGGUUGAAAGCGAUUUGGUUAGUGUGUUGCUUAUGGCUUUAUUUCGGUUUGUUGUUAAAGUUCAGAAAACUCAUGGAACGAAUCAAAGUUUUUUAUUUUGAGGAAAAUGUUACCAAUUUUUUUGGGCUGUUGUUGUUAGCCACGUAUCGAAACCAGGUCUGCCUCUCCAAACACAAUUCAUCUCACAGAAAAUCCAUUCCCAAUUGAUGUAACAAGGGAAUGUAUUGACAUCUGUGAAUAGUCAAUCACAGUCAUUGGCCUGUUUUUUUUUUGGUUUUCUUUUCUUUUGCUUGUUCGUUUUGGUGUAGUGGCAACAGUUGCUUGAUGAUUGGCUUUCGGUGGCUUUGCAAAAAUCAUAGCAUCUACUGUAAAAAAAAAUGUGACUUUGAAUAAACUUUUAUUGUCACUGCAAAA